UUCGCAGGCCUAGUCAGCCUCCAGAAUAUGGUCUGGUUGGGGCGCCUUUUACUGCUCCCCAUUCUCUUCCUGGCUUCUCAUGUUGGCGCAGCUGUGGACUUGACCUUGCUGGUUGACCUGCGCCUCAGGGACCCGCAGCGUUUCUACCUCACUUGCGUGUCCGGGGAGGCCGGGGCUCGGGCCGAUGCCCCGCUGCGGCUGGAAAAGGACGACCGCAUAGUACGCACGUUCCGGUCGGGCGGGCAGCCUUUGCACCUGGCCCACAUCGGCUCGCAGCGCCUCACGCUGCGGGGCUUCUCGCAGCCCUCCGACCUGGUGGGCGCCUUCUCCUGCGUGGGGGGUGCGGGGGCCAGGCGCACCCGUGUGAUCUACGUGCACAACAGUCUCGGGGCCAACCUGUUUCCCGAAAAGGUCACCUACACUGUGAACAAAGGCGACAAUACUGUGCUCUCCGCACGGGUCCACAAAGAGAAGCAGUCAGAUGUGCUGUGGAAGAAAAACGGAUCCUACUUCUCCAUUCUGGUCCGGCAAGAGAUCAAGAACAAGCGGUUCCUGUUGCCUCUCCCAGAUGUUCAGCCAUCAGCAAGCGGCAUCUACAGUGCCACCUACCUAGAAAACAGCCCCCUGACCAGCGCCUUCUUUCGGCUCAUCGUGCGGGGCUGUGAGGCUGGGCGCUGGGGUCCAGGUUGCACCAAGGUAUGCCCAGAUUGCCUGCAUGGAGGUGUAUGCCAUGACCUGGAUGGCGAAUGUGUGUGCCCCCCUGGAUUCACUGGAACCCACUGUGAACAGGCCUGCAGAGAGGGUCGUUUUGGACAGAGUUGCCAGGAGCAGUGUCUAGGCACUUCCGGCUGUCGUGGGCUCUUCUUUUGCCUCCCGGACCCGUAUGGCUGUUCUUGUGGAUCUGGCUGGAGUGGAAGCCAGUGCCAGGAGGCUUGCACCCCCAGUCACUUUGGGGCUGACUGCAGCCUCCAUUGCCAAUGUCAGAAUGGUGGCACUUGUGAUCGCUUCAGCGGCUGUGUCUGCCCCUCCGGGUGGCACGGACAGCACUGUGAGAAGUCAGAUCGGAUCCCUCAGAUCAUCAAUGUGGCCUCAGACCUGGAGUUCAACCUGGGGACAACGCCCCAGAUCCACUGUACAGCGGCAGGGAACUCCUUUCCUAGUCGGGUCAGCAUGGAGCUGCGCAAGCCGGACGGCACCGUGCUCCAGUCCACCAAAGCCAUUGUGGAGCCAGACAGGACGACUGCUGAAUUCGAAGUAUCCCAGCUGAGUCUUGGAGACAGUGGGUUCUGGGAGUGCCGUGUAUCAACAUCAGGUGGCCAAGACAACCAACGUUUCAGGGUUAAUGUCAAAGAGCCCCCAGUGCCUCUGACUGCUCCCCGGCUCCUGGCCAAGCAGAGUCGCCAGCUUGUGGUCUCCCCAUUGGUCUCUUUCUCCGGGGAUGGACCCAUCUCCUCUGUUCGCCUGCACUACCGGCCCCAGGAUAGCACCAAAGACUGGUCCACCAUUGUGGUGGACCCCAGUGAAAAUGUGACAUUAAUGAACCUGAGGCCAAAGACAGGAUACAGUGUCCGUGUGCAGCUAAGCCGGCCAGGGGAAGGCGGCGAAGGGGCUCCUGGGCCCCCCACCCUCAUGACCACAGAUUGUCCUGAGCCCCAGUUGCAGCCGUGGCUCGAGAGCUGGCACGUGGAGGGCCCCGACCGCUUGCGAGUGAGCUGGUCCUUACCCAAGCAGCUUGGGCCUCUGGUGGGAGAUGGUUUCCUGCUGCGUCUGUGGGACAAGGCUCGGGACCAGGAGCGGCGGGAGAAUGUCUCGUCCCCCCAUGCCCGUUCUGCCCUUCUGACUGGACUCACACCGGGCACUAGCUACCAGCUGGACUUGCGGCUGUACCACUGCACCCUCCUGGGCCCCACAUCACCCCCUGCCCGCGUUUUUCUGCCUCUCGAUGGGCCCCCAGCCCCCCGACACCUCCAUGCCCAGGCCCUCUCCGACUCUGAGAUCCAAUUGACCUGGAAGCGUCCAGAGACUAUAGCUGGGCCUAUCUCCAAGUACAUCGUGGAGGUGCAGGUGGCCGGGGGCUCGGGAGACCCUCUGUGGGUAGACGUGGCCAGGCCUGAGGAGACCAGCACCAUUGUCCACAGCCUCAAUGCCAGCACACGUUACCUCUUCCGUGUGCGGGCCAGCAUCCAGGGGCCUGGGGACUGGAGCAAUAUGGUGGAAGAAUCUACUCUGGGCAAUGGACCACAGAGUGAGGGCCCAGUCCAAGAGAUCCGGGCAGUGAAAAAAGGCCUGGAUCAGCUGGUUCUAGGUGUAGUGGGCUCCGUAUCUGCCACCUGCCUCACCAUCCUGGCAGCCCUCUUAACCCUCGUGUGCAUCCGCCGAAGCUGCCUGCACCGCAGACGCACCUUCACCUAUCAGUCAGGUUCGGGUGAGGAGACCAUCCUGCAGUUCAGCUCAGGCACCUUGACACUCACCCGGAGGCCAAAGCCCCAGCCCGAGCCCCUGAAUUACCCAGUGCUGGAGUGGGAGGACAUUACCUUCGAGGACCUCAUCGGAGAAGGCAACUUUGGCCAGGUCAUUCGGGCCAUGAUUAAGAAGGAUGGGCUCAAGAUGAAUGCAGCCAUCAAGAUGCUGAAAGAGUACGCCUCUGAAAACGACCAUCGUGACUUUGCUGGUGAACUGGAAGUUUUGUGCAAAUUAGGGCACCAUCCCAAUAUCAUCAACCUCUUAGGGGCCUGUGAGAACCGAGGUUACCUGUACAUCGCCAUUGAAUACGCCCCCUAUGGGAACCUGCUGGAUUUCCUACGCAAGAGCCGAGUCUUGGAAACAGACCCUGUUUUUGCCCGAGAGCAUGGGACAGCCUCCACUCUCAGCUCCCGGCAGCUGCUGCGCUUUGCCAGUGAUGCUGCCAAGGGCAUGCAGUACCUGAGUGAGAAGCAGUUUAUUCACAGAGACUUGGCUGCCCGGAAUGUGCUGGUUGGAGAGAAUUUGGCCUCCAAGAUCGCAGACUUCGGCCUUUCUCGAGGGGAGGAGGUCUACGUGAAGAAGACGAUGGGGCGACUCCCUGUGCGCUGGAUGGCCAUUGAGUCUCUCAACUACAGCGUCUACACCACCAAGAGUGAUGUCUGGUCCUUUGGGGUCCUCCUCUGGGAGAUCGUGAGCCUUGGGGGCACUCCCUACUGUGGCAUGACCUGUGCUGAGCUUUACGAGAAGCUGCCGCAGGGCUACCGCAUGGAACAGCCUCGUAACUGUGAUGACGAAGUGUAUGAGCUGAUGCGCCAGUGCUGGCGAGACCGUCCAUAUGAGCGGCCCCCCUUUGCCCAGAUCGCGCUGCAACUGGGCAGAAUGCUGGAAGCCAGGAAGGCCUAUGUGAACAUGUCGCUGUUUGAGAACUUCACUUAUGCGGGCAUCGACGCAACUGCAGAGGAAGCCUGAACUGCCCUCGCCUGAUCCUGGCUCUGCUGGCCAGAGCAUCUAUCUGCCCUCUGACCUGUGACUCUCAACCUUGGGCCUGAUCAGCCUCAAGGACUGAUUUUAACUUAAGGAAGAAAAGAGGGAUCCUGGGACGGGUGGGUUUAGGGGAGCUGGGUUCUCAUUCUUUGUAUUUGCUCCAUGCCUCCUGCAGUUAAGGCUUGAUUUCAUGUUCUUCCUUCCAGUUCUACUUCCCCUACAUGUCCCCUUCUGUGACCCACACUUAACCUCUCCAUGUCCCUUCUGUGACUCCCACAUCUAAUCCCCUACCUGUUCCCUUCUGCAACUCCCUUCCCUCAAGUUCCUACUUUAGCCUCUUGCCAGCAUAACAUGCCCUUAGUUCUUGCCCUGCCAAUCUUGUAAUCAGAACAAAUAAAUGC